UCACGUAAAGUAUUGCAUUGAAACGGAAGCAGACAUGGCAGUGCAGUGCAGUCGUAGGCAAUGUAUCGUCACCUGCCUCUCUCCCACGGCACACCCCAGCGCAGUAAGGGAGAAAAAUUGGGGGAAAAGACGCUUGAACAAAUGGUGCAUGAAGCGGAGCAAAAAUACUCAUCCAUCCAUCCAUGCAUCCCGUGCUUAUACACACGUGUGGGUACAAGUGCAGUGUGUGCCAUGCCGAGUGUAAGUAUACGAACAGACGAGCUGCUUCGCCCGUGCCAUCCACUGACGAUCAAUCAAUCACUCCACCCACCACCACCACCCACCGACCCCCCCACACACACCGCGCCCACGCCCCUUUUGCUGGUCCCUAUAUCUCUUGUUUUCUCUCUCAUCCCCCGUCUCAUGCCAGCUGCUCGCUCCCCACCCUCUGGCGGCCCAUGACGCCCGCCCCGCCGCCCCCAAGCCCUAUGGCAGAGUUCCUCCGCUGCACGGCAAGGGAGCCGGCAGAGUUGCGGCGGCCUUGCGCCCCAAUGGCCAGCAUGCUGGCGCGGCGCUGCUUUGUUGUGAUGCCAGCGGGGUCCAGGUUGUCGUGGGACGUCUGGAUGCCGUACUGUUUCUCCAAAUAUUCACUGACAGACAAGACACGUACAGGGAUGAGAUGGGAUGCCGGGGGGAAGAGAGGGAAGGGAAGGGAGGGGGGAGACACGAGUGACGGAUGGGAGGCGGUGUGUAGGGUGUGUGUGUGUUUGGUGUGUGGACUGGACGUACUCGAAGUCUCCUGACUCUUGGUGGCGCACGUAUUCCUUCUCCUUCAUCUCGACCUCGCGGCCCUUGAGCUUGCCGCUGAAAGGAAGGCAAGACAGACAGAUAUUGGAAGGACCAUUGACUGCAUCGAUUUGAUGAUCCCCGCUAAAGGUUGCUCACUCACCACUCUGCCAUCUUGAUGAGGUCCCUCUCGUCCUUCUUUCUCAGCGUCUUCUCGGCACACAGGGCCACAGAGCUCUGAAACACACGUCACGCCCACAUACAGACAGAGAGAGAGAGAGAGAUGAAAUGUCUCGUCACACACGGGCAAAAUGCUCACCUCGAAUCUCAGUUCCGCAGCGUCAUAGUCGGCAGAGUACCUAGCCUUCCUAACCCGCUCCUCCAUAUUCUUCUGCACAUUGAUGUACUCCACACUGCCCCGCCGUCGAUGGGGGUGAUCGUGGGGGUGUGCCUCGCCCUCCCUCUGGAACGACAUGAAGGCGCCGCUCUCGUCAUCAUCGGCCACCACGGCGGGCGAGGGCUGGUCGACGCUCGUCAGGUCGUCGAUGGAGGCACCCACCAGGACACCCACCUUCGCAAGCUGUCUCAGACAGACAGACAGACAGCCACCACAGUCCGUCCUCCUGGGCGUGGCUGUCUUUUGGCUGUCUAGUGGUUUACGUUUGUGUGGUGUGCGUCACUGGAUGCCCCGAACUUGAAGAGGUGCUCGGGGUUGGCCUUGGGGCUCUCGGGGCUGCCUCCCAGCGCCUUCUUGUCCUCCGUGCCUUUCGCUUCCUUCUUGACUGGCAUGAUGGCUCAAACAGUCGCAGAGAAAGGGGUCAAGACAGGUUAAGGGUACGGCAGAGCGGACUUCUUC